UCAGCCGAGAUAAGAGGCGGCGGAGCUGUGGGCGACGCGCAGCUUUCGGGGGAGGGAAGAGCCAGGAAAAGGGGGCGAAAAGCCGCGGCCGGCCGGGGAGCAGCGCACCUGUCGGCGAAGGAUGGAGCCCAGUCGCGGCGGGGUGGAAAAAAGCCACCUGCUCAACGGCGUGGAAAGCAGGUCCUAUUUAGGAGUCUCAGGAAAGGACUUCCAUGGUCCAGUGGUCGGCUACGUGCCCGGCCUCCCUUCUGUCGAGCUGGACCUGAAGGGAAGCCUCCACUGCCACUCCAGCUGGGCAUCUGGCAGUGGCAACAGUGCUGAAAAAAAGCGAGCCCGUCAGAAGCUCUAUCUUGCCUCCAUCAUCUGCUUGGUCUUCAUGACGGGGGAAGUUGCAGGAGGAUACUUUGCACACAGCCUGGCCAUUAUGACCGAUGCAGCCCACCUAUUGACUGAUUUUGCUAGCAUGAUGAUCAGCCUUUUCUCCCUCUGGAUGUCAUCUCGACAGCCUACUAAAACAAUGACUUUUGGAUGGCAUAGAGCAGAGAUUUUGGGAGCCCUGCUGUCCGUACUCUCAAUCUGGGUGGUAACUGGUGUGCUGGUUUAUCUAGCAGUGCAGCGACUGAUUUCUGGGGACUAUGAGAUAGAAGGAGAUGCCAUGCUCAUCACUUCUGGCUGUGCUGUGGCAGUAAACAUCAUAAUGGGCAUUAUCCUACACCAAUCAGGACAUGGUCACAGCCAUCACAGUCACAAGGAGGGGAGUCCAAAUACUAGUGUCCGAGCUGCGUUCAUCCAUGUAGUUGGAGAUCUUGUGCAAAGCAUCGGAGUCUUGGUGGCAGCCAUCACAAUCUACUUCAAGCCAGAAUAUAAAUUCGUGGAUCCUAUCUGUACCUUUGUGUUUUCCAUCCUGGUCCUUGGAACAACGCUGAGCAUCCUCCGAGAUGUUGUCCUUGUGCUGAUGGAAGGUACUCCAAAAAGUGUAGAUUUCAACGAUGCAAAGACCCUCCUGCUCUCCAUAAGUGGCGUGAAAUCUCUUCAUAGCCUUCACAUCUGGGCUCUAACAGUGUCCCAGCCGGUGCUGUCAGUCCAUAUUGCAAUCAGUAAAGAUGCCGAUGCCCAGACUGUCUUGAAGGAAGCGAGCUGCCGACUGCAAAGUGCUUUCAAUUUCCACACGACAACAAUCCAAAUAGAGAACUAUUCGGAGGACAUGAAGGAUUGCCAAAAAUGCCAGAGCCCCUCAGAUUGAUCCACUGAGGGUGGUUGCUAAGUAAGCUGGAGACAGAUGUUCAGCCCUGUCAGAGCUGCUACCUCAGAGUAUCCUCAGUGUAACCUGAUUUACUGAUUCCUUGUGCGCAAAUCCUUCUUCUGGAGCCAUCCAACUGAAAGUGCAAUUUUUAGUUGUAUGAGAUGAAGCAAAGAACCAAACUUCCUUCCUUCCUUCCUUCCUUCCUUCCUUCCUUCCUUCCUUCCUUCCUUCCUUCCUUCCUUCCUUCCUUCCUUCCUUCCCAGAUAGUUUUAUAAGAACAAACAAAUAAAAUGGCAGGAAUUCCCUGUCUAUUUAUUUAUGAGGUCAUGGUAUCUGCUUUAAGCAUCAUUCCAUGUCUGCUUACUAGGCAAGAUUUCUUAAAGCACCUCUCAAACUUUAAUUUCCUAUAAUACACACAAUCCUAUAUUCACUAUAGAGAGUCAGUUUGGUGUAGCAGUUAAGGCACCAGGCUAGAAACCAGGAGACCGUGAGUUCUAGUCCCACCUUGGGCAUGAGGCCAGGUGGGUGACCAUUUCUCUCAGCCCUAGGAAGGCAGCAAUGGCAAAUCACUUCCAAAAAACCUUGCCAAGAAAACUGCAGGAACUUGUCCAGGCAACCUCCAAGAAUUGGACAUGAUUGAAUGGAGAAAAAACCCCCCACUAUAUUCAGAAGUCUCAUUGGCGUUCUAGAGCCAGAAGAUACUUGGGCCAUUUUAAAAUCUGGGUGCACACAAGCAGAGCACCUUCUGUGACACCUUAAAGCAGCCUUGCCUUUUCCUGGGAAUUCACCUCUCUGUGUUUCUGGGAAACAUGCACUUGGUUUUAGGAGUUGCAGAUGAGUGGUAAAUCAUGUCCUCAUGCGCUCCGAAGCACCUUUUUGCUUCCAAUUGAAGGUCCUUCACAGCCCUGUUUGAUACUCACAUUGCAGUUAAAUAUGACCCUUUCUGUAUCUCCUAUUGGAAGGGAAUAGGAGAAAGGGAGGAAAGAAACUCAAACUUUUUUGGCAGGGGCAGCCCCCCAGGGGGGUCAAAAAAGUCAAGUUGGUGAUCAUGACAUCACACUGAAAAAGGGGUGAUGCUUGAAUUGUAUAGUCAUGGUGCUCUCCUGAUUCUUUGCUCCCCCCAAAAGAUGGCCCUGCUUUCUUGGCAGAAAUUCUUGUUUCUAGAAUCUACUAACUCUUUCCAACUGCUUUUAACCAUAAGUUCUUUUCUGUCUGGACUUUCACUGUCUACAUUGUCAGCUUUAACGUCAGUUUCGCUUGUCACCUGCUUGUAGCAAUUUAAGGAUGUGGCCUCUUAUCUGUUUCCUCUCUCUAGCUGGCGGGAUGACUUCAGUCCUACAACAUGUUAGCACUCUGUGUAAAUUAGCCUAAUAGUCAUGUUCAUUUCCCUAUGGGUUUUCAGCCCAUUUCCUAAUGCUGAUGUUGGAGGCCACUCAUUAAGAUAAUCUGCCACUGAGUUCUAAAUAUAUUUGUUUUAUUAUCGCAUCAACAGAUGUCCAUUCCCAUGACUUGCUGAUGAAGGCUACUUGAUAUGAUAGAUGGUGCAGUGCUCUUUAGAAUAGCCUUCUCCAACCAGGUGGUCUCAAGAUGUUUCGGACUAGCUGGCAGUUACAGGAGUUACAAAUCCAAUAUAUCUGUGCUGGAUUGGGGAAGAAUGCCUUGUCAAGCAAAUUUCUGUCAUCUAUGGAGACUGAACUGUAGCUGUAUUAAUUAAACAAGAACUUUAAUUUAAUUAGCCUAGAUAAAGUUAAUUUUGCAAGACUGAAAUCUGCCCACUCAUGGCAUUUUGAAAAAAGCUUUCAUUUUUCUCCCUCCCCAUUUCUAUAUGUUCCUCUCACUGCAAGAUCAUAUAAUAGGCUGAAACAGAACUUCUAAUUUUUUAAAAUUGGAAAUUGCUUCCCUGCCCCCCAUGGGUUUGCCCCUAUGCAGGGUGAUAUUGAGACCAGAAUACUAUUUAUACCAAGCCAGCAUUUUAACUGUGUUUUGGUAAAUAAGUCACAAUGACUGGAUUCAGUCAUUGUGGCAAGCCAUAAAUGAU